AAAUAAGCCCAGCCCUUCCCGAUCCUAACCUGGCUGACGGCUACAUUACACUCUUGGGUGGGGCUGGAGCUUUUAUGUUAUAUCCUCACAUCACCCACUGUCACUGUCACUGCGCAAAGACGCAUAAGACACUGAGCGGACAGAUUUCGGCUCCUUUGCUCGCCUUUCCUCUUCGUGUACACCGCUGAACGCUCGCUGAUCGUCGGUCAUGUUUCGCUGUGGGAUCGCCUACCCUCGAUGCAAGUGGAUCAUUCCCCUGCUUCUGCUCUUCGCCAUUAUUUUUGACCUUAUCGCCAUCUGCGCACAGUCGGGAUGGGUAGAGGACGAGGACGCCAAGUCUCACUACGCCAGUAUGUGGAAGCAGUGCCGCGGCUUAAAAGACAACUGGCAGUGCCAGUCGCUCAUGGACAACUCUUGGGCCCAGGCAGUCGCUGCUCUAAUGAUCAUCGGUCUAAUCAUCCUCAUCAUCGCCUUCAUUUUGGCCAUUGUGGCGAUGUGUAACGUCAACGUUGGUCUUAUGGCUGGCGUAGCAGCAUUCUUGAUCGUUGUUGCGAUUAUCCAAAUCAUCGCUCUGAUCAUCUACCCAGUCAAAUUCAAUGAGCUGAUCUUUGAGGGUAACUAUUACUACACCUGGGCCUACGGAUUUGGCUGGGGCGCCACCAUCAUCUCCAUCGGCUGCGCCAUCCUCUUCUGCUGCCUGCCGAGAUAUGAGGAUGAACUCCGCGGUGAUGCAAAACCCAAAUACCUCUAUUCUUCUGAGUAAGGAAAAAACCUGGGGACCCACCCAGUCAUAGCCAUUUCCACUUUUCACUCUGAGCUGCAUCUGGACUGGCCGCUGAACAUUUUUACACUGUGCCGUUUCACCAAAGAUUUCCAAUGGCUUAUUCAGUUUAAUUUGGUCCAGCAAUGGGAAAACCACUCUUCUACAAUCUGUGAGUGAAGUUAUAAGCAAGAAGUGAUUCCUACUGGGAGUGGACUGCAAUUGGGAACUGCAUCUACUUUAGUACACAGAUCUCUAUUUUAGAUUAAUUAAGAAAAAAAUAAUAAUCAUGAUGGUAUUUUUUGUUUUUGUCAUAUAAAACACACUUAUCAAUUUACCUGUACUUUUAUAACUGUAACUCUCUAACACAGUCUCACAACACUUUGUGAAAUAGUUGCAAACGUCAAUCAAAGGACCAAGAAACAGACAAACAUUAAUUUUACACUUCAUUUUGAUUUUUGGUUAAACUACUAUAUUUACUACAUGUUUUUAUGUCCCUACAAAGGAUAGUAUAGAAAAGUUAAAUAAAUAAAAAAUAAAAUAAUGACCAUAUAGUCAACUAAAUAGCUCACAUUUUGUGAAUAUUUCACAAAUGGACCAUGAGACUGUGCUUUAUUGUCAAUGCAAGAUCACCUAAGUGCACUCAACUUAAAGGAGGUUAGGUAUAAAGCUUUUUUUUUUUUGCCUGAUUUGUCUGUAUCUCCUUGAAUAGAUAAGCAAUCCAGACUCAAAUAUUUUGCACAGGAUAUCAAAUCAGUCAGUAUCAUUUCUUGGAUUUGUCCUGUGUGCCAUCAUUAGUUUUUCUGUGUGUCUUUUGUUCUGUAUGUUGCCGUGUAUAGAAGAUAAGAAGGAGACUUAGCUUCUGGAAUGUAAUCUAGUUAUACAGAAAAUAUCCAUGUGGUUCAACUUUCCUGUUUGUAACAUUUUAUACAUUUUCUUAUCCGUUUGCUGUUUGUCUUCAUAGUUCUGUUCUAAAUUUCCAUAUUACCAAAGGGAUAUAACUGUGGGAGCUCACUGUGCUGUUUUGUCUGGCUGUGUUAUUAAGUAGAGUGAUUGAAGUUAACAAUAAAAAUGUUUUUAAAAAUGCAGGAAGGGACUAAUAUUCUGAGAAAUGGCUCAUAAUUUCCCCAUAAGUCACAAAAAACCUAUUUAUAACACAAAACUUCUAUUAUGCCUCUAAUAACUUAAUUAAAUCACGGCCUAAAUUGCGAUCAGAUUUGGCGAACAGCAGUGUAGGAAACACUGACAAAGUUGUGAAGUGAAGCAAUUUCUGCUUCACUUUGGAAAAAUGUGUUUUGUUUCUUGUAAUUUUUAGUAAACACAAUGUCAGAGACAAUCUUCACCUGAUUUUAGGAACUUAAUCUUUUGAGAUUUUUCUUAGCCUCACUUCUCACCUCUCCUCCUCUGUUGUCAAUACCCCAUCAUGAUUACCGCUAAUGAUACACUUCUCGAUUAGAGCGGCAGUUUGAUGAUUGCUGUGAUCCCGGAAAAAUAAGUUGUUUUCUUGUUUUCUGACUUCGCAGUGCAUGUUGCUUCUCUGCGUGCCACUCUAAACUGGAAGACAAUAUAAAGAAAUUUCCACUGAACACAAUGAUUAAUUUAACAAAAGCAAAAAAAAGGAACAACUCGUUUCCAGAUUAUUUUUUUUACCUUUAUCAAACUUAGUAACAACUGAUAUUCCUGUCCAUAUCAUACUUAUUUUAGAACAUCUAAAUGUGGUAACAUUUUUGUUUUAGGUGGUCCAACAUCUUUUGAGCCGCCUCAUUCCAUAACAACGUCAAAAUCUUUCUUUAAAGGGAAUUAAGUUGAUGUUUUUAAUACUGGCAGAUUGCUGACAGAUGACCAAACAUGUAUUUUAUAAAGGCCGCCAAAAGUUCUCAUAAUGCCACUUUGGUCGACAUUUUCUUGUUUGAUAAGACACAGAGACAAUGUUGUACAAUCAUCUGACUUACUGUGUGGACAACUUGUGCCUUAGCUUCUUCAGUGUUGUGUUUCUGAAUCCUUGAAUGUUCGAUCCGGUAAGUCAGGUUUUACUGACUUAUGACAACUUUGUUUGUGUUGAGACAAAUUUCAUGCCCAAGCAAGAUGAGGUUUUUCUAAUCAAUUAAAGAAAGAAUUCCAAAGAAGUCGUUAUUCGUAAUUGAUUCUCGAUUUUUGGCCACAACCCAGUUUAAGCGUUUCGCAUUUAUUGUAGAUUGUAUAAAGUUGUUGCUAAAUAACAACCGUUCUUUUAUACUUUUUAAUGAGGGCAGGUUUACUCUUCUUAAAAGUGAGGCAAAAACGUGUUUUUGCUUUAGGGAUGGAUCUUUCUUUUUUUUUAGUUCCAGCUUUAUAUAUCAUUAGUAACUGUAUGGAUGUAUGCUGUUCUGUAAGGACUGUCUCACUGGAAAUCUCCUUGCUGGUUUUCUGCUGUAGUUUGAAUAAUUUUGGUAGCGUGUGUAUUUUUAUGCAAUAAAGAGUUUUUCGGAAAGA